AUGAAGGGAAGAACCACCACUCUUAGCAAGGCGACAAAAUCGUUGAAGCGUUCAAUACCUGAAGAAACAAGACUUAUUUUACAGCAGCUAGGACUAUCAUCCGACAUUCUCUCGUCCGACUCUGAUUUAAGUCACUUUUCUGAUGAUGCUAGUUCUAUCCAUGACAGCCCCUCCUUUUUCCAUCUCCUACAUCUAUCCUCUCCGAAACACCCUCGCACGAAUGAUUUUGAGGAGACAUUUAGGACGCCAACCAAGGGCGGGUCUCCGAACAAACUUUGCAUCGUGCCUACAACACUAUCACUUGUCAAACCACUUGUCAAACCCCCCAAAGUGUCACCCUACUUCCCCAAACCACUCGUGGAUCCUGAGUCGUGCAUCCCUUUCCCUCCCAUCGACGCUCCUUCUUUCGGUUUGGUCCAAGAACAGCUUGCACACGAUCCUUUCCGCUUGCUUAUCGCAACGAUUUUCUUGAAUAGAACUAGAGGGGGUGUUGCUCUGCCCGUUCUCUUCCAGGUCUUUGAGCAAUUUCCUACCGUUGAAGCAAUGGCUACGGCAGACAUAUCCGACCUGGUUGCUAUGAUACAUUGCCUUGGCUUCCAAAACCAACGGGCUAGGAAGUGUAUUAGACUUGCGCAGACCUGGUUAGCUCAUCAACCCAGAAAAUGUGAGAGAUAUCGCAGACUCCACUACCCCUGCAAAUCGGACGGGCGUGAUGUCCGACCGCAAGAAUGCAUAGAUGAUAAGGACCCGCGUGUGGCGUGGGAAGUCGCACAUUUACCUGGCGUGGGGGCUUAUUCUCUGGACAGCUGGCGGAUCUUCUGCCGAGACGAACUGCGUGGCCUGGCUGAAGACUGGAAAGGCUCUGGUGCUACCACACCUGACUUUGUUCCGGAAUGGAAAUCUGUAUUGCCACAGGAUAAAGAAUUGAGGGCAUAUCUGACUUGGAUGUGGCUUAAGGAAGGUUGGGUGUGGGAUCGACACACUGGGCAUAAAACCCGGGCUAGUGAGAAGUUGAUGCGAUCUGCGCGCCGGGGAGGAGUGGCACUCGAAGAGAAUGGGAACUGGGUUCUAGAAACCUCGCCAGUGAAGAAAGCUGUGAAUGGGCUUACCACGUGGUGUUAA